CUUCAUACGAACACAAUCGUAGUAUCAUCGUAUACAUGGGGCAAGGUGGUAAACUCAAAUAUUCACAAUUUUGCCAUAUAAAGAUAACGAAGGCGAAAGCAACACUUAACAGACGGCAAUGGCAGCUGCUGCGACAUCAUCUUCUCAAACGUCCCCUUCUCCAGACCCCAAAUUUGAUCUUUCUAGAGAGACGUCUCGAGGUUGCAAUUGCCGAGCUUGAUAGUCUACCUUCGUCCAGGCCCGUCUAUGUAAAGAAUGGAAACAUAUUCUUCCGCACUACUACCCAAAAAGCAAUCUCAUCUGAACAGAGAAAACUUGAUUUGGCUAAGAGUAAGCUGCAAAAGCUCAACAAACAAUGAAGGUUAAUGGCCACCUCUUAAUCAUGGAACGUAUAUAUUAUGCUCCAAUCUCCAGUAGAAUCGUUCGACACAGUUUAGGGUUUGAGUGAGAAACUAAGAAUUGAUUCCUUGAACACGAAAGGGAUAUGAUCCACACAAUUGAUUUGUAGCGCAAUCUUUGUUUUUAUUAGUGAAAGUGUUUAUCAUUGAAACUUUAAUCGCCUUCAAUCUUGUGAAAACCUGUCCAAAAGAUGAGCUUCUCUAGGAAGGCUCCUUACUACCUUUAAAAGUUUAAUCAAGCAUUGAUUCGAUUCUAUUUCCA